UUUUCCAGGCUGUAUUUAACAGGAAGCGCGUUCUUGAGUGAGUCGCGUGGGCGCGUGAACCUUCAGCAGAGCAGCAGAGGUGGAGCGCCUCCUCAGCCGCUACGCUGCCAUAUAUCAGUUUGUAGAUGGCGAUGGGUGGACUAGGGAAUGGACGACGCGGAGGGAGAUCUCCUCCUCUGAUGAUCGCUGCUCUUAUUGCUUGUAUCUUAGUUUUGGGUUUUAACUACUGGGUAUCCAGUUCACGCAACUUGGAGCUACAGAACAAGGUGUAUGAGUUGGAGGGCCAUGUGCGGCGCGGAGCAGCUGAGCGAGGAGCUGCAGAGAUCAAGCAGAAUCAGUUCCAGGGGGAGAUCCAGAGACAGAAGGACCAGAUUGCUCAAAUCGAAAACUUUUACAAGAAGAAGCUGGAGGGAGUUCAGACCACCUGCAGCCAAGAGCAGGCCACAAUGCAGCAGAAUGUUUCCUUCAGUACCAGAACCAUAGAGGACCUCAAAGUUCAACUGAAUCAGUUAAAUGAUGACUUGGGGAAGGUCCAGAAGGAGUUGCAAAACUGCAAAGACAACGUUGAAACACUGGACAAAAAACUCACAUUUGACAUGGCUCACUGUCAGUCCCAGGUCCUUUCUCAGAAAGAGCUGUGCGACGACCGAGUGGCCAAGGCGACGCUUGAAGUCCAGAAGAGGAUGGAGAAGCUCAUCUCACCUGAAGCGGGCAUCUCACCGGAAAACAAAGUUAAAGAAGAACUGCAAGAAAACUCAACUGUUGUAUUGGUGCCAGAAGCUGAAAGCCACACUUCUAUCAUCUCUCAGCCCAAACUCAAUGCAACUUUGGAGCUCCAAACCAAUGAAAUUAUCACCGACAGAGGCUCUGAUGCCUCACUAAGCAGACAGCAGGACAAGAACCUCCUGACAGCGCCUUUACAGUCUGUUCCGCCUGCUGCUGGACUCAAUGAAGUAGAGCUGUCAAAAAAUGAAGACCUCACAAAGGACAAGGCCGAGGCAGAUGAGGUUAAACCUGUAAGCCUGUCUGACAAUAAUAAAAUGGAGGUGAUGAACAUUCAUGACGAGGAAGCCCAGAUUGAAGAAGUCGACCCAGGGCUGGAAAACAUGCUGAUUAGUCAGGAGAAGGCAGAGGAUCGUCCGGUUGGUCAGAGGCCUGAGGAACAAGACGAGUAUGACGCAGAGGAGCAAGAAGUGGAUGGAGUGGAUAUGGAGAAAGAAAACCAGAGUAUGCUGACUGAAAACCUUGACAAAGACAUGGACGAAGAUCCGGCCGACUACAACGGAGACGAUGAAAACGAGGGAGAGUUUGAAGCAGACAAACAAGCUGCUCUUGCCCAAAUCUGAGAGCCGCAGCGGAGAAAUGUUUCAUUUCACAACAGAAAAAGAUCCAACUGAGGAUGAUGCAACAGCAAGGAACCUGGGAGUUAAACUGUCUGGUUGAAUGGACUCUUGUUGGUGGAAUACAAUUUUUCAUUGCUUUCUGGAAUGUGUUUUCUCUAUCCAUGGAUUAUUUUCUCAUUAUCUGUAGUUUGAGCUGCAUAAAGACAUCUGAAAACUUGAUAUGAUUUGGCUUGAAGAAUAGAUCCAUCAGCAUGCCUGAAAAUCAGAGGAUUCUUUCUUGACAUUUAUUAUGUUUACUUGAUAACAGCUGCACUUUACAGUAUGUGCAGACCCUCGUAGCGUUACAGGGUGUGAAAUUCUGCCCCGAUUCCAAAGAUUUGAGGUAUUCAGCCCGACACAAGUCUACCAGCAGAGGGCACUGCAGUGUAAAACUCAUCAGCGUCCUCCAGUGUCAGGUUUUUCCCCUUGGGGUGGAAAUGUAUCACCUGCCUAAGGUAAUGGGAGGAUUGCAUUCCAAUUAGAUGUGUUGAAUAUAAUCUUUGAAAUGCUGCAAUUUGGUGUAUUUGUCACUUAUGUCAAAAGCAUUUCCUGUGCUCAUGUCUUGCUUUAAGCAAUAACAUCAGCCUUUUAAAUGACUAUUGUGUCUCUUCAUUUUCAGGGUAUUGACGCUCCCCUUAUCUGUAUUUCACACCACAAAACUGCACAAACAUUAGCAGAUUUUCACAUGAAGACAGGGAUCAUGUUUUGAAUGUAUUGAAAGGAACUGCUGAGAAUCUUCAAAACUUCCAUGCUCCUGUAUGCCUUAGCAGUUCUGUUUAUCCCUGCCUUUUUUGUCUUUAGUUGUUACUAAAUAAUGAAAAAGUCUAAGGUUAGUGCUGAUGGUGUCUCUCAUCUACUUUAAUGUUCAAAUAUGAGGAUUUCAGAUAAUGAAAGUAGGCGGGAUGAGCGAUAUUUACACAAAUGAAAAACACUAUCACGCUUUGUCAUGCUUAAAGCCAGUAAACUUUACUGUAGCUUUGCUCUGUGCUGCCUAAAGCUGCAUUCAUUACAGGUCAUUUAAGUGAAAGUAAAAUUUACUUGGUACAAGAAAAACAAAAGGCUUACAUAUUGCAGGAGAGUAUUUGUCAUCUGUGUUUUUUAACAAAAAGAUGAGAUAUGAUCAUCAGGACUUUAAAAUAUACAUAAUAACAGUGAUAUGAUUUCUAAAAUAAUCUACCACACUCCCUAGAAUAAUCAUUUGCAUAUCUAGAAGCUUCCUUUGCGGUUGGUUGAGGCUGUAAGGCAUCGUAGGAGGUUUGGCUCCCAUGCAUCUGUGUUGAUCAAAGGUUUGGAAGGAGUGACCUGAAGCAGAUGGUUGUUUGCUCCUGCAGGUUCAUCUUGAAGAUCUGAUUUUUUUUUUUUUUAAUUUUGUUGCAGUUUUUCAUCUUGAUAUGAUGAAACUGUACUUGUUUUUCUAUUUAUAGUGUAAUUUAAAAUAAUUUAAAAUCCAAAAUGCUGUUGAAGGAAUAAUAAAUAUAGUUCAUUAGAAUGAAUUAGGUUUGUCAGAACUACAGGAUAAAGGUUGAAUGGACUGUCAGCAUUAUUAUUGAUCUGUACAUUCUUGAAUAUUGUUCGUCUGCCUCCUUUUUAGCGAUUUACAGUGAUGGUUUAUUGGUUUGUUAAAUGUGUGUUUAUUUUUUAUUGUCUUUCACAAGAAAGUCCUUAAAUCGUCUUUGUGUCCAGCUAUAAAAAGCCAAUUUUUAAAACCAGAAUUUUUGUGUUUGAAAAAGCUGUAAUGAUUUUAAUGACCCUAAAUAACUGUUGUCACAAUGCUGUCUUUAUUUGAAACUGUAUGAUGAAAUUAAUCAUUGCCUUUGUUGACAAUGAAUAAUAAAACUUGUUUUUAUUGAAA